CUGGAACCACGGCCCACGAACCCAUCCCUCAUAUCGCCCAAUACCGCCAAUAUGCCUGAGGUUCUGGACUCGCGCAUGAUCUCGGUGACGCCCCGACUACGAUACAAUACUAUCGGUGGCAUCAACGGUCCACUGGUCAUCCUCGACAACGUCAAAUUCCCCCGCUACAAUGAGAUCGUAGCCCUGACGCUGCCCGAUGGCACGGAGCGCGCCGGCCAGGUCCUCGAGGCGCGAGGAAACCGCGCCGUUGUCCAGGUCUUCGAAGGCACAUCUGGCAUCGACGUCAAGAAGACCAGGGUCGAGUUCACGGGCCACAGCUUGAAGCUCGGCGUGUCCGAGGACAUGUUGGGUCGUAUCUUCGAUGGCUCUGGAAAGGCCAUCGACAAGGGCCCUAAGGUGCUGGCCGAGGACUACCUCGACAUCAACGGCAGUCCUAUUAACCCCUACUCGCGAGUCUACCCCGAAGAGAUGAUCUCUACCGGUAUCUCUGCCAUUGACACCAUGAACUCUAUUGCUCGUGGCCAGAAGAUUCCCAUCUUUUCCUCGUCCGGUCUUCCCCACAACGAAAUCGCCGCGCAAAUUUGCAGACAGGCUAGUCUGGUCGGCAAGCCUACUAAAGGUGUACACGAUGAUCACGAUGACAACUUUUCCAUCGUCUUUGGUGCUAUGGGUGUCAACUUGGAGACGAGUCGAUUCUUCACAAAGGACUUCGAGGAGAACGGCAGCAUGGAGCGUGUCACGCUCUUCUUGAACCUGGCGAACGAUCCUACUAUCGAACGUAUCAUUACCCCCCGUCUCGCUCUUACCACGGCCGAGUACUACGCAUACCAGCUCGAGAAGCACGUCUUGGUCAUUCUCACCGACUUGACUUCCUACUGCGACGCCCUGCGUGAGGUCUCUGCCGCUCGAGAAGAAGUGCCAGGUCGACGUGGUUACCCAGGUUACAUGUACACUGAUUUGUCCACCAUUUACGAGCGAGCCGGACGUGUUGAGGGCCGAAAUGGCUCCAUCACUCAAAUUCCCAUCUUGACUAUGCCUAACGAUGAUAUCACGCACCCCAUUCCCGACUUGACGGGUUACAUUACGGAGGGUCAGAUCUUCAUUGACCGUCAGCUCUACAACAAGGGUAUCUACCCACCUAUCAACGUGCUACCCUCGCUGUCUCGUCUCAUGAAGUCUGCCAUCGGAGAAGGCCGCACGCGAAAGGAUCACGGCGAUGUCUCUAACCAGCUGUACGCCAAGUACGCCAUCGGUCGUGACGCCGCCGCUAUGAAGGCUGUCGUUGGUGAGGAAGCCCUGUCGGCGGAAGACAAGCUGUCCCUUGAGUUUCUCGAGAAGUUCGAGCGUUCGUUCAUCGCCCAGGGUGCCUACGAAGCCCGCACCAUUCACGAGUCGCUCGACUUGGCGUGGUCGUUGCUCCGCAUUUACCCCAAGGAACUGCUUAACCGUAUCCCGGCCAAGGUUCUUGACCAGUACUACCAGAGGAGUCGCGGCGAUGGGGACAAGAAGAAGAAGGCAACCAAGGACACGAGCGACAACUCGGGUGAGGGCGAGAAUCUGAUUGAUGUGUAGAGAAGUAGUGACGUGUAGAAGAGUAGAGACGUAUGUGUGAGCGUUUAGUAAAUUUUCAAUUGAGUACAUAUCAGCC